UCUCUCAAGAAAUUCCAGCGAGAGUCAAUGACCAUUGUUAAUCAUUGCGUUCAUGGAGAAAAUAUAUGGGACAUUUUCUGGCGAGCCAAACAGAGGGCUAAGGUUUGUCAUUAUUUGCAGAAUCAACUCCCUAAAAAAUGAGGGCAACGAGACCAAAACUCCUCUUUUCGAUAUACAAUUCCAGACUUUUAUGCCAUCCCAUCAAGCAUAACAAUGCCCCUAAAAUUUUAUUGCUUGAAAGAGAUUAUAGUGUCAAUUCUGGGGUUGCACGGUCCAAUUGGUGGCUUACCAAGCUAAGCAAAAGUGGCAGAAUUGGCGAUGCACGCCAAGUGUUUGAUGAAAUGCCUGACAGAGAUGUUAUCACUUGGACGACGGUGAUCACUGGGUAUGCCAGGUGUGGGAUGAUUGAGGAGGCUCGGAAGUUGUUUGAUCGAGCGGAUGCGAAGAAGGAUGUGAUUACUUGGACCGUUAUGGUUAAUGGGUACUUACGGUUGCGAAGGAUUAAGGAAGCGGAGAGGUUGUUUUUUGAGAUGCCGGUGAAGAAUGUGGUGUCUUGGAACACAAUGAUUGAAGGGUACUUCCAAAAUGGUCGGGUUAAUUCCGCUUUGGGUUUGUUUGAUAGGAUGCCGGAGAGGAAUGUGGUUUCUUGGAACACAAUCAUAACAGCGCUGGCGCAAAGUGGGAGGAUGGAGGAGGCACGGAGGCUUUUUGAUAUGAUGCCUGAACGGGAUGUGAUUUCAUGGACGACGAUGGUUGCGGGUUUUUCGAGAAAUGGGAGGAUCGAUGAAGCCCGGGUGGUUUUUGAUAGGAUGCCUGUGCAGAAUGUGGUGUCGUGGAACGCGAUGAUUACGGGUUAUGCGCAGAAUAUGAGGUUGAAUGAGGCGUUUGAAUUGUUUGAGAGGAUGCCGGAAAGGAACUUGUCUUCAUGGAACACAAUGAUUACGGGUUUUAUUCAGAACGGGGAGUUAAAGAGGGCGUCAAAUUUGUUCAACAAAAUGCCAGAAAAGAAUUCCAUUUCUUGGACAACAAUGAUCUCGGGAUAUAUACAAGACGGGCAAAAUGAAGAAGCUCUGAAGAUGUUUACAAAAAUGGUGGUGGAUGGUAUAAGACCUAAUGAAGCGACUUUUGCGAGUGUUCUAAGCGCUUGUAGUAACUUAGCUGGUCUUGGUGAGGGCCAACAAAUACACCAAAUGAUAAGUAAGACAGUCUUUCAGGGCUCCGAAAUCUUGGUGUCAGCACUCAUAAACAUGUACUCUAAAUGUGGGGAGUUGAGUACUGCAAGGAAGAUGUUUGAUGACGGGUCGAAAAGCCAAAGGGACUUGGUCUCUUGGAAUGGCAUGAUUGCAGCCUAUGCACAUCAUGGAUGCGGUUCAGAAGCAAUUAACUUGUAUAAUGAACUUCAAGCGUCGGGAUUUAAACCCAAUGAUGUCACCUACGUAGGACUGCUCUCGGCAUGCAGCCAUGCUGGCUUGGUGGACGAGGGUUUGCGGUACUUUGAUGAGCUGGUGAAAAGUGGAACGGUACGAGUAAAAGAAGAUCACUAUACAUGCUAUGUUGAUCUUUGUGGUAGGGCAGGGAAGCUCAAGCAAGCUUAUGAUUUUAUUGAGCGGCUUGGGACCAAGCCAUCAACAACAGUUUGGGGGACGCUUCUUGCGGGAUGUAAUGUUCAUGGUGACAUGAACAUUGGGAGGUUGGCUGCACAGAAGCUUCUGGAAUAUGAGCCGGAGAAUGCUGGUACUUACUUGUUGUUAUCUAACGUCUAUGCUUCCUCCGGGAAAUGGAGGGAGGCUGCAAAAAUGAGGCUAAAAAUGAAGGAAAAGGGGUUGAAGAAGCAGCCUGGUUGCAGUUGGAUAGAAGUAGGGAAUAUGGUGCAUGUAUUUGUGGUUGGGGAUGAGUCUCACACUCAAUCUGGCCUUAUUUAUUCUUUAGUCUGUGAUCUUCAUGAAAAGAUGAAGAAAAUAGGGUACAUAUCAAAUAAUGAAUUGACUUUAGAUGAAGUUAUAUAAGUGAC